AUGGGUUCACCAAUGUCCCCUCUGAUUACUGAAAUCUUCAUGACCAGCUUUGAAGAGUCAGCCCUACAAACAUCGCUGUUCCAGCAACUAUGCUGGUACAGGAAGGUGGAUGACACCUUCGCCAUCCUUGAUCCUGACCACAACCCUGCAGUCCUCCUAGAUCACCUCAACAAACAGCACAGCCGCAUCCAGUUCACCUUGGAAAUUGAGGAUCAAGACAAGCUGCCUUUCCUUGAUGUAUCUCUCGACAAUUCAUCCAACAAGAUCACCCCCUCUGUCUACAGAAAACCAACACACACUGACCAGUAUAUUCAUUAUCUAUCCAACCACCAUCCACAAAUAAAACGAGCCAUAGUUUCAACCCUAACCAGACGCGCCAAGGCUAUCUACGACCCAGCCCAACUCCAAGAUGAGAUCGACUACCUCAAAACAACCUUCAUCACCCUUAACGGAUAUCCCAAACAACUUGUAGAGCAGACCGUAGCCACAAUCCUCUAUCAACAAAAUGACCGACCACCCAAACCCGAACGAGCUCCCAUCCGGAUCAUAUUCCCUACCAAGGCCAAAUUAGUCAUCACAUCAGUCGACUUCUUAGAAAAACUGCCAGUGUAG